UUAGGAUGUGCAGUUCCAGCGGUGCGAACGUGUUCCGGGCGCGCCAAUUGGCCAAGUAGCCGUCUUAAAGCCAAUAGAGCUAACCCAAAAUUUAUAGCCAGAACGGCAACAGUUUCUCACUACAACAAUAGCGCCAAAAUAUGCCAACGCCUGAUUGAAGGCGCCGAAAUCGCGGGUCGCGCGUUUUUGUGUAAAUAAACAGAAAUCCGAAUAGAUCUCAGAAGUCAAGAAACCAAAACGAAAUUCAAGCAGAACCAAAGAAAAAAAAAGAAGAAUUCAUCUAUCAGAGAUCUACACAUUUUAUUUUUCGGUUUCAGUGGCUAGAGCACAAGUUAUUCAAUUAAUAAACAUAAAUGCCAGCGUGCGGAAUGUCUGACUGAUGAGUUGGCUAGAAGCGGACCCGUAACGCAUACGCCAUGUGAGCCGGAUCGAUGGGAUCGUGUUCCGGCCAAGCCACAAUGCCAUCCUCCUGUAAAUAGCCAGCAGCCUUUUCUACUCGCGUCUCUGUCAUAUGUGUCCGUGAAUAUCCGCCACUGUACAUACUCUAGACACUAAUUGAUUAAACCACAAACCUAAAAAAAACCAAACAAACAAAGCAAAAAACAUAAAAUAAAUAAAUAGAGGAAAAAGCGCGCGUUUUCGCAUAAAGAACGCGCCGCACACACAAGUUUCGGUGCAAAACGGGUAUAAAUAAACGAAAUAAUAAUAUUCGAAUACUCUAUGCUAUAGAGAUUAGUUAAAUUAUUAGUAUUAAAUCGGUUUUGGAAUUUCGCGCGCAAUAAGAUUUAAUUAUAAACAGGGGCAGCAUGGGACCAAUCAGACUCUAGAGCUAGCCACGCAUCCACAGAGUUAGUUUAGACGAAUCAGCAGAUCACAAUGGAUUAUAGCCGGCUGAAUGCUAACAUCAAUACGGGCAACAUCAGCACCGAUGACUUUCUGGCCGUAUUCACGACGGCCAAACCGGAUAAUGCCACUCUCAAUCCGCCCCUGCUCAGUGUCGACGGGCAGUUGACCCUGCCACCGGGAUCGGGUUAUAUCAACCUUAACGAUACGAUAUUCUUUCUGAAUGGCAGCUUUUAUAAUAGCAGCCUUCAGCUGGCGGCGGGUUAUUAUAAUCAAAGUAAUUCCUCGGCAGCAUCAUCCGGCAAUUUGACCAAUCCAAAUCAAACAGAAGUCCACUGGGAUGGCCGAUAUCCCAGUGGUUAUACGCUCACACACAUCGUGAUCGCCUCCAUAAUAGUGACCAUCUUAAUGAUUAUCAUUGUGGUGGGCAAUAUGCUGGUGAUCAUAGCCAUAGCCACGGAAAAGUCACUGAAGAAUAUACAGAAUUGGUUCAUUGCCUCGCUGGCGGUGGCCGAUUUCUUUCUGGGCCUCAUCAUUAUGCCUUUUUCACUGGCCAACGAGCUAAUGGGCUAUUGGAUCUUUGGCAGCUGGUGGUGUGACAUCCAUUCGGCGAUGGACGUCCUUCUAUGCACCGCCUCUAUCAUGAACCUGUGCCUCAUCUCACUGGAUCGGUAUUGGAGCAUAACGAAGGCCGUUGACUAUCUAAAGUCAAGGACGCCGGCGAGAGCCGCUGUUAUGAUCACGGCGGUCUGGAUAAUGUCCGCCCUCAUCUGCAUACCGCCGCUUCUCGGUUGGAAGGUGAAAAUGCCUGAGGGACCGCUGCCCAAGUGCGAGCUGAGCGAGGACAUUGGCUAUGUGCUGUACUCGGCACUGGGCUCCUUCUACAUACCCAGCUGCAUAAUGGUCUUUGUGUACAUACGAAUUUACUUUGCCGCCAAGGCGCGAGCGAGGAGAGGCAUUAAAAAGCAUCCCCGCAAAACAAACAACGAACAGGUAACGAGCUUCACCACCGCCAAGAAAGGAACAAUACCGAUGCCCUCCUCCAGCGGCGUUUCCGCUUUGCAGCUGCACCAACAGCGCCAAAUAGCCACCAUCGAGACACCACCGAACAGCGCCAGUUUGCCGAUGCAGAUACCCACGGUGACCAUGGACCUGGCGUCCGACAUUUCCACCUCAGAGGCGGGGGAACUGGAGGCGGUGGCCGCGCAAACAGUGCUGGCAUAUGCCAAUCCCAAUGGGGCGGGCACAAAUUCGGUGACCGUUGUGAGCAGUGGGAAUGGUGGAGCUACUGGUGCCACGGGUCCACCAAGCUCCCCCAAGGAAACGCUUCAGGUGAGCACAAUAGCCACUGGUCGGGUGGGACUCAAUGUGCCCGUUCCGCCGUCCAUGGGCAGCAACAACUCCAUCAAUGCGCUGAACAACAAUAAUGGCAGCGUGGCCAUGGAUGGAGUAGCACCACCCAGUAGUGCUGGAGGAAAUGGAAGUACAGUGGCGACGACGGGUGGACUCCAGCAAACGCCCGGAAACGAGCUGCGCGUUUCUCCGAUCGCCGGACGGUGUCGAGCUUUAUCCGUGGGCGUGGAUACGGACAUGGUGAGUGAAUUCGAUCCAUCCAGCAGCGAUUCAGGUGUGGUCAGUCGCUGUGCCGUGGUCAAGCCGCUCAAGUUUCGCCUUUGCCAGCCGAUCUUCGGGCGCAAGUCCAAUAAUCAGCAGCGUCGCAACGAGGCCAAAACGGCGGCCAAAAAUCAACAGCCCAGUGCGAUGGCCAGCAAAAAUCAACAGCAACAACAGCAGCAGCAGGUGGUCAAGGCGGAACUGGAGCCGGCCAUACCGAAGACACCCAAACCCCGGGAUCCGGAGAAGGAGAAGCGAAGGAUUGCGAGGAAAAAAGAGAAGCGUGCCACGCUGAUCCUGGGCCUAAUCAUGGGCAGCUUCAUCGCCUGCUGGCUGCCAUUCUUCUUCCUGUACAUCCUGGUGCCGGCCUGUAGCAGCCAUUGCAAUAUACCAGAGUCGGCUUUCGCCGUCGCCUUCUGGCUGGGCUAUAUGAACUCGGCCCUCAAUCCGGCCAUCUAUACCAUCUUCAACAAGGACUUCCGACGCGCCUUCCGGCGCAUCCUGUUCAAGUGAUGUUUGGCCUAUGUGUGCUGUUACAGGUGCGUUUACGCCAGCAUCGAGAAGGCAACCGAACGUGCCAUGGGCAGCACACCCAUGGGCUAUGGUCAUGGCAUGUAUCAGCACUACAGGCGUUAGAUUUGCUUCGUUUUGGUAAUGCUAUAAGUCCCCAAGUCCACCUUAAACCCAAUCCUGUUUACUGGGCUGCAAAACUAUUGAUUGUUCUUUCGAUUUAUAUAUCAUUUUUAUAGUUUUCCAUCUUUUAAUUAUCAACCUUAGUGGAAAAGAAGUUGUCAGCAAACGAUAAAGCAUUAUAGACUCGGUUUAUUCUACUACAACUUUUGCUGAAUUUCCUAUCGAUAGAUUUAUUACAAACAAUGGAUUGUUUUAUAAAUUUGUGAAUUCUUUGUAUUCGGAAAUACAACUUACUGAUACUUAUAGUUAUCAAAAAUAUUAACUGAACUAGCAAUCAAUAGUUAAGCAGCUCAGUCCACUCCCAAUAGCUAACUGCCUCCCAUAUUUUUUUUAAUCUUUUUUGUUUUGUUGAAUAAAAAAAGUAACGAACAUUGUAGCUCAUUUCAAAAGCAAUGAACGGCUGUGAAUUUGAUGGAAUCUCUCAAUUUCAAUUUACGCAUUUUGGUUUCGUUUCGUUUGGUUUCUCGAGCAUCCUUGAACCCAAAGACCCCAGAAGCCCUUAGAACCUCCACAGCCCACACACUUUUCACACUCGACGAGCUCAUAGAAAUGCAUGAGCUGUGCAAACAAGAAUUUGAGCUGGGCAAACAUCUAUUAUGCUCCCUGAAUGGAUGUGUCCGCCAGCGACGUCUAUGGCCAUUCAACUUGAAAUAAUUUCGCAAAUUUCCAUUUGGGGCUGCAUUGGCAUUGCCAAUGCCAAAUAUCAGUGCAGUCUGCAAAUGUGUCAAGAGUCAGGUAGCCGCCCCAGAACCCCAAAGGCUUACCAGACCAUCACCAUUGUUGUUGUUCGAUUGGUAAUCAAGCAAUCGAGGUCAACAAGUGUGCGUUGCCGUCGAACGUUGGUUGGUAGCAAAUUAAUUUAAUUUCUUUUUAAUAUUUUGGCAACUGCUUAUCCACUACUUCGACGAAAAUCUCAGAGUCAGGACGCCUGCCAUUGCAAGGUUGCAUUUGGCUUUGGGCCAAAUCAAUAAUUUCAUAUGCACACACGCACACAGAUGCAACUAUAAUCCAGCACAACAGCCGCACAAUUUGAUGUAACAAAGUGAACACACAUAGCCAUGGAAACUGAAAACUGAGAACUGAAACAGAAACAGCGACAGAUUCCACAAGGCAGUCGCAGUUUUAUUCAUUCACUCAAAGAUAUUUCACUCAGCGACACAGAAAGUGGGAGCACAAAAAGAAAAAUAAACCAAAUGUAUGGGAACCAAUGCCUAAUGGGCACUGGCAGAUGCAAAUGCAAAUGGUUGGCUUCUACACUAAGAAAAAUAAUUAAUUAAAAUAAUAAAUAUUCUAUUUUUAAUUCAAUAUCAGUUUUUUUAAUACUUUCGAUUAAUUUAAAGAGACAAGCUUAAUAGAUUAUUUUUUCAUCAUUACACAUAGAUCUGUAUUGCAAAUCUGAGGAAUACAUUUUUCUCUGUGUGCAACCCAUCCCCAUACACCAUUUUCUCCACCAUUUCCCACUUUAGUUUUUGGCUAUGCAUCAGCAAAUGUAUGCACCCGGCCGAGUGGAAUAGACAGCCCGUCACCCAGUCAGUCAGUCAUUCCGUCAGUCAGUCAGUCAUUCAACCAUUCAGUCGGUCGAACGGGCAGACAGUCGUCACUGGAACGCUACAAUGACACCGAGUUAGACGAAGAUGGAGACAGAGGAGCCAGACCAGGGACAGGGACGUUCAGACCGACUCUGUUUUUGGCAUGUGGCCCAGAAUGGCUCUCCAUUUCGUUUGGCUGGUUGGGCUUGUUUUGCUAGCCAAAAACCAAAAAAAAAAAAAAGAAAAAAUGGCAAGGAAAAAAUAUAUUGUAUGGCCCAGAACACACACAAAAACACAAAGGCUGACAGUCUAUGCAUAAAUUUUACGUACAAUUUAUUUUACUUCCUGUCUGACGGCUGUGUCCCUAAUAAUUUUUUCGGUUACUUUGUGGCAAGGUGCAGCAACUUAAUCUGCGUGCCACUUGUAACCACUAUAGUCACUCCCUCCCUGGGUAAAUUGUAAUCUUCGCAGAGCAAUCUUCAAUCUCCAAUAGAGCAUCUAUAAUCACCUUGUUCUCUGAGGCACACAAAAUUUAUGACAGCUCUUAGCAUCGCUCGACCUUUCAACACAUGUUGGCAUAGUCGAAGAUUGAUCAGAUUUAUAGCUAUGGCUAUAGGCUAAGUGCUUGCGGUUCCCGAAGACCUCUUAAAAUUGUUUAAGAACGCAUAAAUAAUGUGACCGAGAUCGGCCAUGAAUGGGAUAUGGGAUGUAUAUAUGUAUGUAUUUCAUUUGAAUAAAAUGGAAAUGGAAAUCGACGAAAGAACUUUGAUGGUGUUGAAAGACAAACACUGAAGGCUUUCGGUGGCUGGUGCAUUUUUUAUGGAUCACACAGCAUCCUGCCGAACGUUUUGGCAUUGUCAGCAAUGUGUGUACAACAACUGCACUCAAAUGACAAUUUGAACAACGACAGAAAGUCCAACAAUAACAGCUACAACAACAAGCUAAAUGGCAGGACCAAAAAAAAGGACCGUCGUGCACAAAGCGAAAUCGAAAACAAUUGAAAUCGACAGCAAGGGAAAACCCAAGUGGUGCAGGUGGUGCAGCAGGCACAUUAAAAUGCGCGAUUUACACGUUAAAUUUAAAAAAAUCUUUUCAUUUUUCAUGAAAUGCAAUAAAACUCAGAUUAAAAAUGUUCUUCAAAGUAGUUUUAAAACCUCUUUAUUUGGGAUAUUUUCUUUUAUUAGACAAUAUAUCCCUAAAUUUCCUUAGUUCAUUCAGAAGUACUUACAAUUAUGCAGUAAUACCUCCUUUUUAGUUUAACAGUUUCUGAAAAAUAUUGAUAAAUACUUUAAUUUUUUAGAUAUUUGAGAAUAAAAACCCACAUUAAUGAGUAAAACUAACUUCUAAAUUUGUUUCUUCUAACCAUAAAUAUAUUUUUUUAAUUAAUUCUAAGAUUUCAGUGUAGCUGCUUAGCUUUAAGUUAUAUAACAUUUCCAUAAAUAUACCUUUUAGUUUAAAUUUUCUUCAGUGUAAAUACAAACACAUCCCCUACACAGCACUUAACUGCACUUAGGUGCGACAGCCAGAUGAGUGUCGAACGACAUUCCACGAAUGGCAUUGUUUUGCCUGGCACACUGAAAGUCAUUUUCACUUAAAGCGUAAAAAGCUGUCAGGCAUUUUAGACCACCCUGCGUAUACGCAACGCCAUCCUUUGUGUCCUCUUUUUUUUGGUGAGGAUCUGCCUUUGCUGGCUACUUUACUAAGGCCCAUUAAUAAAAUUGCAAUUAACGUCACAAUUAGCAAUCACCAUAAAUUAAAUGCUCGACAACAAUUUAAAAUUUAUCAUAGCCAAAGAAAAAAACAAACAAAAAAGCGCGACAAAAAACCAUUUUGUAUAAUUCAAAGCUAUUUAAAUUAAUUCCCAUAAUUGAAUUAUAAGAUUUGGAAUGCAAAUUUUUUCGCUUUGUUUGUCCUAAUUGUUUCGAGUCAACAAGGGAGUUGUCCGAAAUCGAGUAAAUAUCAAAAUUAAGCGUAAAACAUUUACAAUAAUUACAUAAAAACAUUUUAGAUUACUGUAGUCUUAUUGUCUCUAAUUUCGUUUUUUUUUUUUUUUUUUUUUUUUCGUACAUUUUAAUUCCGAACACCAGAGGCAACGAAUUUGCUGGUGAAAUUUAAUUAUUUAUAGCGCAAAAUGCGUAAAUUAGAAUUUGCAUUUCUGUCAACAACUAUUUCGGCACCAUGCUUUAUAUGCCAUAAGCCAAUUUAAUGCCUGAUUAACUCGGCAAAUUGCAAGGGGUAUUUAUAGAGAAUCGGAUGGACAGGGAAAGGUACUUUAAAUGCAUUUUUGUUUGUGGUUGCGCAAUUUUCAGAGAAUUUUUGUGCAACUCUUGGUAAAUAUUUGUCUAAAAUUACUAUCGCCCAUGCAGACAAAUGUUUAUUUAUGCGUAACUAUUGCCCAGACGGGCGCAUUCAUAAUAAUUACAAGUUCUUUUCAAAAUAGCAAAUAAAUUACACUUAAUACAAAUGCAUUCGGAUAAAAGCAUCAAAAGCCAUCAAUAAAACGGCAUUCACUUAUGUUUACGACCCACCCACAUGAUAAACACGUGAAAAGUGCAAACAUCGAAAAUGCAUUGUUGCCGAAAUUGCAUGAAUGCUUCCGUGGCGCCGAAAUUUUUUGAAUUUCUGCGAGAAUCUACUCUGUGAUAGAUAUAUAUAUAUAUAAAUAUGUAUAUAUAUGUAAUUUUUGGAAAGCUCUUGGAGCAAUUAUCGUGACCAUUAGGCAAAAGUCGCAUGAAUCAUGGAAAUGCUGCUAGCUGGCCUGCAUAUUAAUUAAUAAAGUAUAAAAGCCAUAAAUGUAAAACUCAUAACGACAAAUGUUGGACCAUAAAUAUGCACUUAGGUAUUUAUGCGCAUUGACAGCAUGAAUAUUUAUGAGCCAAUGACGGCAGCGACAGCGGCCAUUAAAAUGCGCCCCCCGUUGAUUAAUUGGAAAAGUUGCUGUGAGUUGGUUGUGCUGGUUCAACGGGUCGUAUGCUUUCCCCCCUCUUUCCUUUUUAGCAGGUCUGAGAAAAUGCCGCCCAAAACCAAGCAAAUCCAAUGCCUGUCUUCAGGUUUAGAAACAAAAAUAAUAAUAAUAAUAAAAAAUACAAAUGAAUUUAUUUGUUUGCCAUUAGAUAAGCCAUGCGACCAUCUAAGUUCAAGUUUUGAGGCUCGACUUUCAAAACAAAAACAAAACACAAAAAUCACAAUGACUGAAAUGUUUAAUGGAAUUAUUUCAUUAAAAAAAAAACAAAAAACAAAAACAAAUUGCAAGUAACUUAAACGUAUUUCAAUAUUUA